GUGUAUCAAUUACAAUUGCUCGUGAGUCAUUUUAAAAGAUCAGAAAAAUUUUAUGUUGAAAAAUGUUUGCUAUAAUUUUUACUUUUACACUUAUGAUGGCAUAUACUGCCGCAGAAAUACCUUCUUAUAUUCAUAUAUGUGGUCGUAGAAAUCCAAAUCUCGAUAAAUGUAUUAUAGACAGCAUUGAUAAUUUAAAGGAUUUCAUCUGCAAAGGAAUACCGGAAUUGAAUACUCCACCACUUGUGCCAUUCUUUAUGAAACAUAUAACUAUUUCUGACACUGAUAAUGCCAAAUUAUAUCUUAAAGAUGCAGAAAUAAUUGGGCUUUGCGAUUUUACUAUAAAUUCUUUCCAUAUAGAUAUCGAUAAACUCCAUUUCAAUAUGGAUUUGUUAUUCAAACAUGUUCGUUUAAACGGUACCUAUGAUUUCGAUAUAAGAGUACUGUUGCCUUUUGUUCACAAAGGACCGAUUUAUCUUACUGUAGAUGAUGUAGGAGCAAAAGGAGAAGUAGAUAUGAAACUAGUAACCAAAAAUGAUAAAAAAUACGUAUAUCUAUCAAAAAUCAACUUAAAGCUCGAUUUUAAAAAGUUGAAUUAUAUACUUGAUAUGAAUGAAAAGCAAUCAACUCAAUUAAACGAAAUUAUUAGCAAUUUCUUCGGCAGCAAUGAAGAAGAAUUUAUCAGCAAGAUUAAACCAUCAAUUGAAAAAGAAGUCUCUAAACAAAUACUUAUUCGCGCAAACAACAUAGUUAAAGAGUUUACUUUUGAUGAACUCUUACCUGAUCGAGCAUAAAUUGUAAAAACUUUAAGAUGUAUCAUCGUAAAGUUGCUCUGUA